UUUAAAAAAAACGUGAACCUGAUAAUUUAAUUUUAAUUUUAUGCACGACGACUAGCCACGCGGGUGUUGUCACUCGCAACCAGUCGCCAUUUUGGACAAAUACAUUUAUUGUAUUACAUUAUGUUUACAUUCAGGUGAGAUCACUACAUUGUUUUAAGGGCAUCCUCUAGUCCACACUAUAUCGAAGUAUGUAACUCGCGACGCUUAAUUUGAUGGGAAACCAACGCAAUUGUAGAAAAACUCCGCGAAUCGCCAUUAUGUCUUUGGCCAGCAAUACAAGGUCGUUUGUCCGCCAUUUUGUUUCAGAGUUACGAAGACAAAACGGCUGCGGUGACGUAGAAGUCGUCGCUUUGUAUAAAAGGAAAGUCCCUCCCCCUCCAGUUCAUUCCUGGAUUUGGUCAAAGGUUUAAAUUCGCUCUCCCGAAGAAUCAGCCGUCGAGGACUUCGACCAGCUACUUACUGAUGUUUUUUCUUCAAGUAAUGGACAUCCGAUUACCAUUUUUGCCUCCAGUUUGUUCUUGAAGGAAAGGCUAGCCUUUAGCUACCACAGCCACACCUAAUAGAAAAUUUGAAGCAGGCUGUGAAUUAUUUGCAGUGUUGUGGAGUUCAGAGACAAUAUAAAACGUCUACUACAACUGUUAAACGGAAAUGGAGGGGGUACCAGUGGACCCCAAAGAGAUUUUGAAGGGCGUGGAGGUUCUUCUAGGGAAGGAUGGAGGACUCUGCAGCCUAGAGGGAGUCCCAAAGAUGUUCAGCCUAAUGAAAGCAUCAGCGAAGAUGGUCAGUCGGUGUAUGUACCUUAACAUCCUGCUUCACACCAAGUCCCAUGAUGUUCUAAAUAGGUUCAUUCGAGUCGGUGGCUACAGGCUGCUGAACUCUUGGCUCACCUACUCCAAAACCACCAACAACACUCCUCUGCUGCAGCUCAUCCUGCUCACGUUGCAGAAGUUGCCCCUCAAAGUGGAUCACCUCAAGCAGAACAACACGGCAAAGUUGGUCAAACAACUGAGUAAAAGUGCAGACACUGAAGAGCUAAGAAAGUUAGCAUCCGUGCUUGUUGAUGGCUGGAUGGCAACAAUUCGCUCGCAAAGUGUAUCGAGCAGCACCAGCAGUCCCGCCGAUAAGAAGAAGAAGAAGGAAGAAGGCAAGGUCCCUCUCCGUGACGUGAAGGACAAGAGUGGCGAUGAGGAGAAGAAGAAAGACAAGGCUAAAGCCCACGCACCAAGCCACGCAAAGAUUCGUUCCAUAGGUCUAGAAAUGGACACUCCUACCCCCGCACCCACGAAGAAGACCCCGGUGGCGCCACAGCUGGGUGACAAGUACAACAUCAAGCCCCCACUAAUAAAGAGACCAAGUUCUGGUCCGUUUGAUACUCCUCCGCUGGAAAAGAAAUACAAACCUUUGAAUACACCUUCAAACUCGACCAAAGAAAUCAAAGUCAAGAUCAUUCCUGCACAACCAAUGGAGUGUACAGGGUUCCUAGACGCACUUAACUCGGCCCCCGUGCCGGGAAUAAAGAUCAAGAAGAAGAAGGCUGCCGCUGGUUCACCUUCUAAUACCAAGGCCGUGUCCCCGACCUCAAACAAGCCAAGUCCAUUUGACAGCAAACCAUCCACGUAUUCCUCGUCUUCUACCAAACCGUCAUCUCCAGAGACCACUUCAAGUAAUCCUGACGAGAACCAGGAGCCUGAGCGGCCUGGCACCCCUGUUCCUAAUGAAGACCCAGAUUCAAUGGACACCGGAGAUAAACCCAACGCGCUAUCAGAGCCUCGUGGUGAAGAGGACUUGACCAAGAAGGGCAAGAAGAAGAAGACAGUUCACUGGGCCCACGAGGACCAACUGAAACACUACUUCUAUUUCGACCUGGAUGAGACGGAGAGGGUCAACGUCAACAAGAUCAAGGACUUUGGGGAGGCCGCCAAGCGGGAGUUGAUGAUGGACAGGCAGACAUUUGAGAUGGCCCGUCGUCUCUCUCACGACACGAUGGAGGAGAGGGUCCCCUGGACACCCCCCCGGCCCCUGACACUGCCUGGCAGCUUGGUGAACCCUGGGUCCAACAGCACAGAGAAACUCACCCAGCGGGAUCGUGAGAUGGGCAUCCUGCAGGAGAUCUUCCUCAGUAAGGAGAGCGUGCCUGACAGCCCGCAUGAACCCGACCCAGAGCCUUAUGAACCAAUGCCUCCUCGACUCAUACCUCUGGAUGAGGACUCUUCCAUGCUGGAUGACGGAUACGUUGAGCCCAUGGACACCACGUCCCAGCAGGUCCCCGGCAUGGUCCAGAACGAGGGCUCCAAGCUGCCGCCCGUCCUCGCCAACCUGAUGGGCAACCUUAACAACAACUCGCGUAGCCCACAGCCCACAAACACUGUCAACAAUCCUGUCACGCCUGCCGUCAACGUACAGGAGCUGCUGACGUCGAUCAUGGGUGCUUCUGGUAACCAGUCUACCGAAGAUCUCAUCAAGCAGCCUGACUUCUCAGAUAAGAUUAAACAACUCCUCGGAUCGCUGCAGCAGCAGAACCAGACCCAGGGCCCACCCCCAGUCAACCAGGCUUUGCUGGGUCAUGGUCCAGGGAUGAACAACAUGCACAUGCAGAUGCCCAUGAACGGCGGCUACCCGCCCAACAUGCCCCCGGGCGGCCCCCGCUUCAACCACCCUCCGCCCCCGCACAAUCACGGACCGCCGUUCAACGCCGGAGGACCUCGUAUGAUGGGGCCGCCGCCGGGACAGGGCCGCGGAGAUAACGGCAAUUACUGGGGGGACGACUCCAUGAGAGGAGGGCCCCACCGAGGCGGUCUUUUCCGAGGCGGAGGAAGGGGUCGGGGAGGAGAGCCGGGUUUCCGGGGCCGAGGACGCGGGGGGCCCAGAGGGGGACACGGCAAUAUGAAUGACAUGUCCAAUCGGCCGGUGUGUCGCCACUUCAUGAUGAAAGGAAACUGCAGGUACGAGAGCAAAUGUGCCUUUUACCACCCUGGCGUCAACGGACCACCUUUGCCCCCGAACCACCUUGGAAGCAACCAACACGGACAUUAAAGUACGCUACCAAGCGGCUGACAGAACUGUGAACCUUCCACUUUCUUUUCCUCAAACCACUGCACAGACUAUGGCCCCGGUACGUGGGAGGAUCAUGAGUGGGACUGUGGUGUUUUUUUUAACCAUUAUUUAUAACAGCAUACGUACAUAUUGAGUUGGACUGAAACCUUCACAAGCUUUACCACUAAGUCCACGUCAGGAGCAUGCUAAUAGAACUUUCCAACACAAAGCCUUCCACGUCGUUCUCUUUUCAGUCGCCAAGCAGCGGAAUUCUUCAGCAGCACUUUGAAAACGAAAAGGCCGAUCCAAUCCAACCACGUGUAACGUUUUGACACGUGGCCUCGAAUGGAACGUUACGUCCUGGAGAUGAAAAGGAGGCUGAGCCCAGGAAGCCUCGUUUCCUUUCCUUUGCUGCUAAGUGGAUGUGCAGACCCCACGUGUGGUACCUCGCAAAAACUUCCGCUCUCGUCAGCAAAAAAAAAAAACAAAACAUCACGACACACGAGUGCCGCUCGAAACGAAUGACCUCAAACAUCGAACAUCGGAGCCCCCAUCAUACCCCCCUCAAAGGGUUCGAAUGUCAGUAUUAUGAUGACGCAUUCUGUAGGUCGGCAAUAAGAGUGUUUUCUGUGAAAACAAUGUCCUUUGCGUCUCUUGUGGGACUGCCCCCCCACCCCCACCCCCACCCACCCUUCCGUCUUUUAUUUUGAUACUAUGUUGAGUACAGUGGCCCCUUUUUAACGCGGGUCCAGGAUGAACUGUUUGUACUGUAUGCUUGUAUAACAGACAUGUUCAUGCGCUCAUUUUCAGUUUGACUUCUUUUCUACACUGUAAUAAAUGGAUGUUCAAAUA